AUGCCGAAUGUUAGCAAAUUCAGGCAUGAUCCCAAUCCGAGUCCUGCGGACUUGGCGUGGUUCAAUAGCUUAGAUGCCCGAUCCCAAUCUGAGAUUUUCAAUUAUCAAAUAAACGACAGAUCUCAUCCAGCAAUUUGGGCAGGGCUCAAUCAGUGUUUCCGUUGUGGACAAAUUGGCCACCGGUAUACCUCGUGCGAGGCCACAGGUGGUGGAAUGGCAUUCCAACAUUGGCGACGCGCCAGUAACGGCAUCUCCUACAGUUUAGACAUGUUCAAUAUGACGGAUGAGGCUCUGGCCAAAGCCAAAGCUGCAUUUGAACCCGAUGACAGUGACGACAUCCAGUCUUUGGAGUUGACGCAGGAAGAUGUCGACAUGUUGAACAACAUUGAGAAAGCGGCUUCAAAUGAUCAAGGAGAACGUCGUGUGGUACAAUUGGAAGAAAUGAUUGCCACUCAAGGGCAAGAGCGCGUUAUGCUAGUAGAAGACACAUCUAUUUCUCAACCAAUUGAAGCCGCCGAGCAGACCGUUGCUGUAGGUAAAGUUCAACAGGUCGAAGCGGACAAGGUUAGUCAUGUUUGUAACAUGACCAGUGCUAUCUGCUAUCAUUGUAUUGGGAGGGGAUUCGCCAAAGGGCGCAUGUGGGCAAACAAUCAGAUUAAACAAGUAAAGGGUGCUAAUGUUCAUACCAUGCCCGGUGCUAUCUGCUACCACUGUUUCAGAAGGGGUUUCGUCAAAGGUCACAUGUGGACUUUUUCUCGUGUGAAUCGCGCUUGUAUGUUCAAGACUUCGUGUUAUAUGUCAGGCAUGUCUACGAGUUUGUAUGAUCAUUGA